AUUUUGAUUGGAUGUAAGAUAUUAACCAAUCACACAGAGGAAUGGAGAACUUCGGAGACUGAAAAAAAGGAUUUUGAAGAUUUGGCAAUAAAAUUCAGUCAACACGCUUUUAGCAUCAUGAAUUACAUCCAAGAGAAGGACGAACUGGAAAGGCUAAAAAGUCCCACCGGGUGGAUAAACAAUAUAAAACAUUUCUUCAUCAAAGAGGAUGAGGUGUCUAACAAGGCUGGGAGACUACUACUGAAUCAUGGUUAUUUGGAUGUUGCAUAUAAAACAAAGAAUGAAUGUUUUCUGGAAAAUCCCAAGCUGAAAACUAUGAUUAAAGAGCUCUGGUAUGGGGAGGAAUAUCAGACAAGAAGGAAAAUAGACACAAUUCUCAGACUGUUCUUGUGCAUCAUGCAUGUUUUUAUCAUGCCCUUCAUGCUCUUUACUUUGGAUAAGCCCUCAUGGAUUUACAAAAAAUAUCAUACGCCGAUUUUGAAACUAUGGGUUAACACGGUUGGACUAUUGUCAUUUCUAGCAGCAUUUGCUUAUAUGCUUUUGUUUGACUACAAGGAAAAUGGUGUAUCUCAAUCCGAAUUUGCUGUGCUGUUUUGGAUUGUUAAUAAGUUUGUGGAUGAAUUUCAGCAGAUAUGUAUAGCUGUUUACCGUGACAGUAAAAGAAAGAGAGAAAAAAGUUUCUUAACGGAAUACGGCCAGGACAUGUGGAAUCGCCUCGACUUAUUGAUAAUAUUAACAUCGUUUCUUGGAUUUAUUGUAAAGUUAUUGUUUGAGGAUGAUUUUCUGCAAGGGUUUGCAAAGAUUAUGUUUCUGGUCUCAUAUAUCAUGCUCAACAUACGGGUUCUAAACAUGUUUUGGACGUCAGAGUUCCUCGGUUCUCAGCUUGUUAUAAUUCAGAAAAAAAUAAAGAUAACAUCUGCCUUCAUGGCUAUAAUGAUUGUUAUAAUGAUGUGCUACAAUGUGGUGGAUUAUGCCCUCCUGUAUCCAAACACAGAGUUCACAUGGACGGAAAUAGAAAAUAUUGUCCGAAAUGGUUAUUGGACCCUUUACGGUGACUUCCAGGAAGAUGCUGGUAAUGACUGCACAGACAACGCCACAUUAUAUUCGCAGGGGGUACAACAAAGAUGUCCAUCCUAUCUAGGAGCUCUAUUGUCUCCUUAUCUGAGGGCCAUAUACUGUCUAAUAGCUAUUUUGAUGCUAUUGAACAUGCUAAUAGCAAUUUACACUUGCAGGGAAUCAAACGUUUCUCACAAAAUCGUUUCAAUUCAUUCCAGAGAAAGAGAAAGUAACGUUUUCGAAGACUACUCAAUAGAGCAAAAGAUCAUGUCAGAACAAAACAUGACAGAAGAAAAAGAUGCUGAUAAAAUGUACAGCAAGUCUCCAGGAGAAGAGGUUGACAAAAAGAUCAGUAAAAUCAUACAGGAGCUGAAUGAAGUCAAGGUUUGUAAAAUUGUUAUUUAUUGA